GGUGAAGACAGCAAUAAUGAAUAUGAAGAUUACCUAAAUUUUACGGAGCAAAUCCAAUUUUCGUCACAUAAAAUGAAGAAACCAUUAAUUGAAUCGGCAUGGGAAGGGUAUGAAGAUAUUGUCAAUCUGUUAAUAUAUAUGGAACGCGACGUAAAUGAAACUGACAAAUUCGGAAGAUCGGCAUUGUUUGUUGCCUGCCAUUUGGGUAGGACUAAUAUAGCUGUACAACUUCUAAAUAAUGGAGCUAAGCAUUCAUUGUGUGAGGCAAAUGAAACAUCACCUCUUCAUGCUGCUUGUAGAGGUGGAUACUCAAAAAUAGUAGAAGCUUUGCUGGAAAAUGAUGCUGAUAUUUCCGCAUGCGAUACAAAUGGUUAUUCUCCUCUUCUUGUGGCUAGUGAAGCUGGUCACAUAAAAAUUGUAGAAAAAUUAUUACAUGUAGCAGACCAAAACAAUGUAAAUAUUUUUCAACAUGACAAUUUCGAUCGUUCUGCUGUCUUAAUUGCUUCAAUUAAUGACAGAAAAGAAGUUGUUGAUCUUUUAUUACAGAAAGGGGCUGGACUUGAAUGUGAUAGACUUGGUUUAUCUCCGUUAUUAGCAGCCUGUUCUGUGGGGAAGUCAGAUGUAGUUAUUAAUUUGUUAGAACAGAAAGCGGAUAUUUCAAAGAUCGAUAAUGAUGGACGAUCUGCACUGUUUAUUGCAUGUGAAAAGGAAGAUAAUAGAAUUGUAGAGAUUUUGCUUCAGAAUAAAGCAGAUGUUUCACACUGUGAUCGGCACCGUCAAUCGCCAUUAUUUAUUGCAUGCGCUUUGGGGGAUGACACAAAUGUUCGGUCGUUAGUUAAGUAUGAGGCUGACAUUUCGCAGUGUGACGAAAAUGGUAGGACACCCUUCUUUAUAACAUGCGAACAAGGACAUGAUACUAUUAUGGAUAUGUUAUUGCCUAAGUGUGAUGUCGAAGUUCUAGAGAAAGCCGACAACAAAGACUGUUCGCCAUUAUACGUAGCGUGUAAAGGGGGAUUUAUUAGAAUUGUUAAAACGCUAGUCGAUAGGGGUGCACAGAUAAACAAACGUAAUAAAUUGCAAAUGACGCCUUUAUUCGUAGCUUGCAGAGAAGGUCAUUAUGAUGUUAUCCAGUAUUUAGUUACUGCAAAGGCUGAUUUGAAUCUUCCAGCUUAUAAUGGCCAAACUCCUCUUUCCGUAGCUUGCGAUUGGGGAUAUGCUGACGUCGUUGCAUAUUUAAUCGAAAAUGGUGCUGAUGUUAAUCACAGAGAUACUGGUCACAAAACGCCUUUAGAAAUAGCAGAAAUUAGAGGACACAGCAACAUUGUAGACAUUUUGAACGACAUACAUUAUCAGAAAUGA